GUGAAAAUACAGAAUCCUACUCAUUACUUCACGUGCUAAUUACGUCACUUUAGUUUUGAUCCGACUUCGUCGUGGGCUUUGAACAGGGCACAGAAUGCAAUCAACUUUCACCCGGUGGAAACACGCCUACACGCCAGAUUAAUCGAAUCCCCUCAUUGGUCUCGAGGCACGUUCGUUCCAUAGUAGGUCCAUACUAGUUUGAAAGACUUUGGUGCAGCCUGCUAACACUAAACUCGUGAGUUGCGUCAGCCAGGCUAGCAGCCUUCAUAGUUAAUACAGGCAACGUUAAGCCAUGCGCUUUGUAUGAAAUGCCGCGGAAAGAACGGUGCAAGAACCGGGAAACAUUUACUACUAAUCGUCAAUCACCAGUUUUGGAGAUUAUCUGACACAUGCCAAUAAUUCUCUAGCUAGGGAGUUGAAAGAAGGUAGUGUGAAGCCACGCAGUUGUCCUGAGUAGGCUAACACAAGACGCCCCAGACACGGUUUCUAGGGUUUGACUGACCAACAGGACACUUGGAAACAUGUCGGAGAAACGCAGGUCGCGAUGGUAUUUCGGUGGACUAUCCUCAAGUGCUGCUGCCUGCAUUACACACCCCUUGGAUCUGAUCAAGGUGCACCUCCAGACGCAGCAUGAGGUGAGGAUGAGGAUGGUGGGGAUGACUAUGAGUGUGGUGCAGAGAGACGGUGUUCUGGCUCUCUACAGCGGCCUCAGCGCCUCUCUCUGCAGACAGAUGACAUAUUCUCUGUCCCGCUUCGCCAUCUAUGAGACAGUGAGUGAUCAGAUGAAGGACAGGACCCAUGGUCCCAUGCCCUUCUACCAGAAGGUCCUCCUGGGGUUGGUUGGAGGAUUUGCAGGUGGAUUUAUUGGGACCCCAGCAGACAUGGUUAAUGUCAGAAUGCAGAAUGAUGUUAAAGUACCGCUAGAACUCAGGAGAAAUUAUGCCCAUGCACUAGAUGGACUGUUCCGGGUAUGGAAAGAGGAGGGAAUGAAGAAGCUGUUUUCUGGAGCCACAAUGGCAUCCACUAGAGGAGCACUGGUCACUGUUGGACAGCUGGCCUGUUAUGACCAGGCCAAGCAGCUGGUUCUGGGGACUGGAGCCAUGCAAGACAACAUUCUCACACACUUCCUGGCCAGCCUCAUCGCAGGAGGCUGUGCCACUGUCCUGUGCCAACCACUGGAUGUCUUGAAGACCAGGCUGAUGAACUCAAAAGGGGAAUAUGUGGGGCUGCUACACUGUAUGACAGAUACAGCUAAACUGGGACCCAAUGCCUUCUACAAGGGUCUGGUUCCAGCAGGGAUCCGUCUCAUCCCUCACACGGUCCUCACCUUCAUCUUCCUAGAGCAGCUCAGGACCUGCUGCGGCAUCAGGAUCGUCACCUGAGAAGGGUUAGGGGUCACCACCUGAUCACCCUUUGAGUAGUCUGAAAUGUGACCUCUGUGUCAGGACUGCCAGGCCACGCCUACUCCCUUUGUUCCCUGUUUUGUUCUAAGUGAGCAGGCAGCUUGAAUCCACCUGCAACCUCUCACCUCCCCAUCCUAAACCCCACCGUCUGGAUACAGCCUAGUGACUGACUGAAGGGGGGUUUCUGGAUACAGCCUAGUGACUGACUGAAGGGGGGUUUCUGGAUACAGCCUAGUGACUGACUGAAGGGGGGGUUUCUGGAUACAGCCUAGUGACUGACUGACUGGACUGCCACAGCACAGCCUACUACUUUGCCAAUAAGAUCUAAUGACUGGAUCUAAUGAUCUACUUUGUGAUGAGGAUCUAGUGACGGACUAUAGAAAAUAAUACAAAGUGUUUGUCCUAAAUGGAUCCCUAUAUAAUGCACUACUUUUGACCAGAGCCGAGUGCACUAUAUAGGGAAUAGAUCCAUUUGGGAUACCGAUUUAAGUAAUCCAUCUGAACUGGAACAGCCUCUGUAGAAUGAACCUGCUAGAGGGCACCGUUACACUGGUCUAUGCGUACUCUGCAGACAUCUAUGAUCGCUGUACCAGGUCUUAACGUGUAUAAGUGGGUCGGUUGUAUGGGAGUGUGUUUUGUACCAGUUUGAGGAGUUUUGUUAUUCACGCCAUAUGUUUUUGUAUUGUAGAAUACAUUUUGCAAGCUGUUUUUAAAUGCCGAUAGGACGAGUGCAUAUUUCACAUUGAUGAGGGCAAGAUGGCUACUUCCUGCUUCAUUUAUGCUCGGUCAGUUGACUGUCAAAACAACAAUGGUAAGAAGCCAGUUUAAUUGGCCAAUGAGUGGACUGAGAAAUAAAGGAAUGGCCAAUGAAUGGACUGAGAAAUAAAGGAAUGGCCAAUGAAUGGACUGAGAAAUAAAGGAAUGCCUAUAUAGUAAUAAAUACCAAUAUGUCAAUAAAUAUGCUUGUUACAGAGAUUA